AUGCACACGCCCAAGUCGCCCAGGACUCCUACCCAGAAACGCUUCUCGAGACAAGGCUUCAAACCUCUAGACAACUCCGACAUGGCUCCCAACGACGUCACGAUCGAUAUACCGCUCCAACCCGUCAUGUCCCACGCCUCAACCGGCGCCCGCCGCGUCGGCAGCACAUCCCCCAUGAACCCCGCAGGCGAGCAGGGCGCCUUCGCCGCCGAGACGCCCAUGGAGAAGGGCGGCCUCUUCCACCGCGGUAUAGCAGGCAGGAGGCAGAAGCACAAGGGCGAGCCCACCGGUCAUACCGGCUAUGACGGCGAGGAGGACACAAUCACCCGCAUGGGCAAGAUCUACAGCAAGAUAUUGAACUUCAGCAUCGUCACGCGCUACUUUAUCUAUGUGCUGCCACUGGCCCUCGCCAUUGCUAUCCCGAUCAUCAUUGGCGCGACGGUAGCGAAGAACGCGAAGAUUGACCAAACGCCGAUGUGGAGGUUCUUUACGUGGAUCGAAGUUGCAGUCUGGCUCAGUGUGUGGUGCGCUAAGAUCGUUGCCCAUUUUUUGCCCUCCGCCUUCGAGUUUUUUGCCGGCGUUGUGAGCUCGGGCACGCGCAAGUAUGCUCUGGUCAUCAACGCACUACAGAUUCCACUGUCUUUGGUCGGUUGGGCCGCUGCGUCAUUGGCAUCCUUCAAUGGACUGGUCAAGCGUGACAGGAACUGGCAAAGCGUCAUAAAUCUACUCUUGAGCGCCGCCUUGGCCUCGGCCUGCGUCUUUCUUGCUCAGAAGUUCCUCAUACAACUAAUCUCAAUUAACUAUCACCGCAAACAGUUCAACGCCAAGAUCAAGGACAGCAAGCGCAAUGUCUUCCUGCUUGGAUUGCUCUACGAUGCAUCUCGGUCGCUGUUCCCUGCAUACUGCAGUGAGUUUGCUGAAGAGGAUUAUAUAAUCAACGAUGCGCUUGAUAUCUCCUUGGGCAGCAGCAAGAAGGGCAGUGCCCACAAUCGAUCCGGUUCAGCUACGCCUAUGAGGCUCAUCCAGGAUGUCGGCAGGUUCGGCGACAAGAUCACUUCCGCGUUUGGCGGUAUUGCCCAGGAGAUUACGGGCAAGAAGGUCUUUGACCCGAACAGCGCGCACUCCAUUGUCGUGGAAGCUCUCGAGAAGAACCGCUCAUGUGAGGCUCUUGCCAAGCGUCUCUGGAUGUCUUUCGUGGUCGAGGGCAAGAACGCAUUAUAUGCGGAGGACAUCGCAGAGGUGCUUGGCGCUGGCCGCCAGGCUGAGGCUGAGGAGUGCUUCGCAGCUCUCGACCGCGAUGGAAACGGCGACAUCUCUUUGGACGAGAUGGUGCUUACUGUCACUGAGAUUGGCCGCGAGAGGAGGAGUAUCGCUACCAGCAUGCACGAUGUGGAUCAAGCGAUCAAUGUGCUCGACGGGCUACUGGCAACUGUGGUCUUCAUCGUGACAGUGUUUAUCUUUAUUGCAUUCCUGAACAAAAACUUCGUCACGACGCUUGCGACAGCUGGCACCGCGCUUCUCUCGCUUUCAUUCGUCUUCGCAGUCACUUGCCAGGAAGUUCUCGGUUCAUGUAUCUUCCUCUUCGUCAAGCAUCCGUACGACAUCGGCGACCGCAUCGACGUCAAGGAUGACCAAAUGACCGUGGAGCACAUCAGCCUCCUCUUCACCGUUUUCCGGCGCGUCGCCACAGGCCGCAUGGUGCAAAUCCCCAACAUCGUCCUCAACGGCCUCUGGAUCGAGAACGUCAGCCGCAGCAAAGCAAUGCGCGAGCAGAUCACCGUGGCCGUGAACUUCGACACCACCUUCGAGGACAUCAAGGCGCUCAGGAACGAGAUGCAGAACUUCGUCCUCGACAAGGAGAACUGCCGCGACUUCCAACCCGAUAUUGACGUCGAGGUCAUCGGCAUCGCGGAGAUGAACAAGCUCGAGCUGCGCGUCGAGAUCAGGCACAAGAGCAACUGGGCCAACGAGACGGUCCGCGCGGCACGCCGCUCGAAAUUCAUGUGCGCGCUCGUCCUCGCACUGCGCAAGGUUCCGAUCUACGGUCCUGGCGCCGGCGACGCCGCGCUCGGCAGCGAGGGCAAACCAACCUACUCAGUCGCCAUCGCCGAGGAAGUCGCAGAAGCGCAGCGCAAGAAGUUCGCAGACGACAAGGAAGCGAAACGGCUCUUCCCCUCCGAGAAAGCCGAAGACGACGCAGAGAAAAAGAAGAAGGCCAAGGACCCAGAGGCCAAGUCCACGGGUCUGGACUACCUCAGCACCGCCCGCGAAGCCUCCGCCGUCGAGAAACUAACACAGCGCCCACCAGCCAUCGAUGUCGCGCGCGACGACUGGGGCUCGCGAGACGAGAACAGCACGCUCGGCGAGCGCACCAGCACGGAGCGGCAAGACCUCGAUGAAGUGCGCGGCCUCCUGAGACGAGAAAGCACGCGUGGGAAGAGGAAGGCCGGGCCUGAGCAUCUGCAGCCUGCGGUGCCGGGCGUCCCGACGAUCCCGGAACCGCCGUCUUCGUCGCCGUUCCAGCCGCAGAUUGGGUUCCAGGACUAUGCACAGAGACCCGCGGUAGGGCAGGGGGUGUACCAGGAGUAUGGGAGCGCACAGCCGCAAACGCAGCAGCAGCAGGGGUAUGUGUCUCAGCGGCCGGGAUACGCAGCACAACAAUCAUCUGGGGUUCUGCCGGAUGAGUAUCACUUGACGUCGUCGAGUGUGCAGCAGCAGCAGCAGCAGCAGCCGAGGGGUCAGGGACAGGCACCGGGACAGGGACAGUUUGGGCAGCCUCAGGGCCAGGCACAGCAGCCAUGGAGGCCGUAA